CUUUCUCUUCCCCGCUCCUCCCGUCAGAGCGCGACCACAGAGGGGGGUUCGCGCCCCCAGCUCGUCCCUGCCGCCAGACGCCUCCCUCGCUCCGGAAAGCCGUCGUGGUCUCCUCAGAGGUCUUGUGUCGUUAACGGUCGCCGACAGGCGGGGGCAAGGCCGCGCCUCGAGGGAGGGAAAGGCGACGCGGGACUCGCGCCAUGCUCUGGACUCGCUUUUUUUGUGUGUUCGUGUGAAGGGGGAACACGCGUGUCUGUCGCCUCCGCGCGGGCCAGAAGAGAAGAGGAGGGGGGAUUUUAAUUAAAAAACCCCUUCUCCCCACUCCUUUCGUUUCCUCUCCCCCAAAUCCUCAGCCAUGCACGAGCCUUCGCCCCGCUGUCCCGCGGGCGGGGUCUUCGUGGCCUGGCUCCCCUCGGCGACCCCUUCCCCACGACCCCGCUCCAGGCACGCCAGGAAAGCGCUGAGAAGCUGCGAGCGGCGGAGGACGCGCCGCUGACCGGGGGACGCUCGACAAGUUGUAUAAGAUUUCCCCCCCUCGUUUCUACCUCUUGGAGGAUUCCAGAGCUGCCCAUUGAACGUUCUGUGGACGUGAUGCCAAAAGAUCUCCAAAUGAUUCUAUAGUUUGACCCAAUGGUUCUUCGGGAUAUAUAUUUCUCUCUUCAAGAAUAAAAGUGCACAGUCCAAAUCCCAGUCGCUGGCAGAUAACUUUAUUUUAAGAUCAUGGACCAUUUUCCUAGGGAGAAAGAUGAAAGGCAAAGAACAGGGAAGGGCAAUCCUGGGAGAAGCUCCCACAACUCCCGAGCGUCAAGUUCCUCAUCGACCUCUGGUGUUCUUAUGGUCGGUCCCAAUUUCCGAGUCGGCAAGAAGAUAGGCUGCGGCAAUUUCGGAGAGCUCAGGCUAGGCAAAAAUCUUUACACAAAUGAAUACGUAGCAAUCAAACUGGAGCCAUUAAAAUCCCGUGCCCCCCAGCUGCAUUUAGAGUAUAGAUUUUAUAAACACAUUGGCUGUACAGAAGGCUUCCCCCAAGUAUAUUAUUACGGGCCAUGUGGAAAGUACAACGCCAUGGUACUUGAGCUCCUCGGACCAAGUUUAGAGGACUUAUUUGACAUCUGCGAUCGAACGUUUACUCUGAAGACUGUCUUAAUGAUAGCCAUCCAGCUGAUCAGUCGAAUGGAACUGGUGCACUCAAAGAACCUCAUUUAUCGAGAUGUCAAGCCAGAAAACUUCCUCAUUGGCCGGCAAGGAAACAAGAAGGAACAUGUCAUCCACAUAAUAGACUUUGGGUUGGCCAAGGAAUACAUUGAUCCAGAAACGCAAAAACACAUCCCCUAUCGGGAGCACAAGAGCUUAACGGGAACUGCCAGAUACAUGUCUAUCAACACACAUCUUGGCAAAGAGCAAAGCCGGCGAGAUGACCUGGAAGCCCUUGGCCAUAUGUUCAUGUACUUCCUGCGAGGCAGUUUGCCAUGGCAAGGCCUUAAGGCUGAUACUCUAAAAGAGAGAUACCAGAAGAUCGGGGACACGAAGAGGAACACUCCAAUUGAUGUUCUCUGUGAGAACUUCCCAGAGGAGAUGGCCACUUAUCUUCGUUAUGUCAGGCGAUUAGACUUCUUUGAGAGACCAGACUACGAUUACCUACGGACAAUCUUCACGGAGUUAUUUGACAGGAGAGGAUUCAUCUUUGAUUACGCCUACGACUGGGUCGGCAGGUCAAUUCCCACCCCAGUGGGGCCCCUGCACGUAGAGUCCGGGCCUUCUGUGACCAGAGAAAACAACAUGUUCCGAGAACGAGUAGCUGUACAGCCCCAACGGACUCAGGCCGUAUCAGAACGCCGAGGAGACUGGGAGACCCCUCCAGUGCGGCAAGCCAAUGCUUUGUUCCUGACAACUCACUUGGCUUCAGAGCGGCACGGGGGAUCAGUCCAGGUGAUAAACUCCACUAACGGUGAGCUGAACAUCGACGAGCCACCAGGAAUCCCCCCCAGUACCCAAAUCGCAGAGCGUACCGAGGUGGAAGUAGUGGAGGAAGCUAAGUGCUGCUGCUUCUAUAAGAGGAAAAGGAGGAAGUCUUCCCAGCGCCACAAAUGACAGGCAUCUUCUUGAGGUCUUUGGGGGACACUCUGUUUACCUGCCGUUCCUGCCACGUCUUAUGGAAUGGGGGCUCCUCUUGGGGGAGAGGAUGAGAAACAAGGGACAUCUUAAACCAAAAAGAGAGAAAGAGAGAGAGGGGGGAAAAGGGGGCAGAAUUCCGAAAUAAACACUCAGGUGGAUUCCC